AAAAAUGACUGACAUUUAAUUUGUUUCCUUUUGUCUGAUCUGUGUUCUUGUUGCAUUGUUUAUUUAUUGAAACUAUUUUACACAUCAUUUCCCAUAGAAAUAAAAUAUCUUACGAACAAAACAAUACUUACAGAAUGACGGCCGUAAAUAACGCUCUAAAAAGCAUCAUAAAUGGGGAGAAAGAUUUUUGCUGCUUAUGUCUCAGCACCAUAGAUGACAAACCGAUUGGAUUAGACGAUGAAAUUGUAGUCAAUAUAAAUAAUUAUGAUCAUGAAAUUGUAGUUUCAGAAGUGUUGAACUCUCUUUUUGAUGAACAGAUGUGCAACUACAUAAGUACAUUUGACACAUUAUGUGAUCAAUGCAUAAGUUCCGCGAUAAGUUCGUACAAAUUCAAAAUUAGCAGUGAAAGAAACGCUACAUAUCUUACUAACGUAUUUGAUGGCAUCGCAAACAACUUUGAAUAUGCUACGGAUGAGCUAUAUGAUGCGAAAUCUCUAUAUGUCUCACUUAACCUUGAAGACUUCACAAGCAAACAAUAUUAUGAUACAAAAAAGAUUAGCACUACAAGGGCAGCAUUACGCAGAUACCGCACUUUAGACAACACACCAAAAACAAACGUAGAAGAUUUUAUCCUCAAAGCAAUUAAAAAAGAAGAGGAUGAUGAAAAAACUGAACGAAGAAAGAGGAAAAAACAUAAAGUUGAUAUUCCAACAAGAGAUAUGCUGUGGGACAAAAAUAAUCCAGAUCUAUUUAGGUGUAAAGAGUGCUUUAAAGAUUAUCUAACGGUAUGGAAUUUGAGGAACCAUUUCAUAAGAGUACAUGCACCUAAAGUCUUUAAAUGUCCAGAAUGUCCUAGAAGUUAUGGGUCAGCUGCGUUUUUAGAAGCGCACAAGUUUGAAAGUCAUUGCACCGUAGUUUGCAGUGAGUGCGGGAAAACUUUCUACAAUCGCCAUACUCUAAAAAUGCAUGAGAUGGGUCAUCACUUGUCUCUAGUUUGUCAGGACUGUGGCCGAGUUUACAAGAAUAAAAGCACAUUUAAAAAGCAUAUUGAGCUGAAUGUAUGCGGACAAGAGUCGAGGGCUCAUCCGUCUGAGGCUAAAUUCACCUGUGACUAUUGCAGCAAGAAAUAUACUCAAAAAGUUUCUCUUCGAGUUCACAUACAGUACGAACAUGGGAACUAUAAGGCUCAUAUUUGCGAAUGGUGCGGUAAAAAAUUCUGGGCACAGAGCAGAUUAAAAGCACAUAUUGUAAAACACACUAGAGAAAAAAACUAUCCUUGCUCAACUUGCGGACGUAAGUUUGUCAGUAAAGAGUCUCUUUUGUACCAUACAAGGACUCAUACUGGUGAAAAACCUUACAAAUGUCCGCAUUGUAAUAGCAGAUUUCUUUCUGCUUCUCGUAGAUCCGAUCAUGUGAAACGGCAACACCUAGGUGCAACUCUAGAAUGCGAUAUAUGUCACAGUAAAUUUAAUUCUAGAACAUUCCUAAUUAAACAUAAAAAAUCACAUACAAAGCCUAGUGAUAGUAAACUUAAUUUUACUUACAAAGCUUUAGAAAGUAAGGAGGUGAAAUUAAAUUAUAGAGAUCAAAUGAAAACUCUUUUGAAGACUGAACCAGAGACAAAAGGUAAUCUAUGGCAGAUGGAUGUGGUGAAGGUAGUUGGAGAUUCUAUUCCUGGUUUACAGAAAAUUAUAGAAUCUAGUGAGGCGAAUUUAAAUCAAUUGACUAGGCAGGUCUAUCAUGAUGAAGACAGUCAACAGUCUGAAGAUGGAAAAGUGUAUUUAGAAGUAUCUGAUGAUACCGAAGACUAUAUUAAGAUAUUAGGAGUAUAGAGAAUUAUAUUUAUUUUUGUAUUUUGUUUGAAUGUAAUAUCAAGUAAUUUAUGUGUUUUGGUUGAUUGAUGAUUACACUAUUAAAGUACAAAGGAAACUGUUUUUGUA